CCGAGUCAGUGGGCAGGGCCAUGGUCAAGGAUCUGAACAAAUAUGCCACAGUGGAUGUACAUGUGGCAAAUACAGCUAAUGGGUGCCAUGAUGGGGGUUAGUAUAACACUCUUAAAGCUUGGGGCGUCGGAGUUCCGAGUUCACCUGCUCUGUCAGGUUAUGAUUGUACGCUCUAGUGUCAAUUGUUCGGUGACAAAGUAUAAAGGAGUCUGUAUGUCCUGCCCGAAAAAUACAUGGGUUUCCCCCGAAUGCUUCGCUUUCUCCCACAGUCCAAAGUUAGUCGGUUAAUUGUAAAUUGUCCCGCGAUUAGGCUAGGGUUAAAUUGGGCGUUACCGGGUGGCGCUACUCCUGGGACCUAUUCCGUGCCGUAUCUCUAAACAAACAAAGUUUGGCGGGGUGGUUACCGAUGAAUACGGGAGAGAGCCGAGGUGGAGCUACGCUCUCCCUUACUGUAUAUAUACCCCACUGGGAUGCACCUGGAGGUUGCGCUCAAUCCACCGACUGUUCUGUUCUCCCGAAUCUUCACUCGGUGCAAACAUGCCCAGCAUCACUGGCAGCGUCUCCCACCGCCGCAGCCGGCCCUCCUUCUCCAGCCGGUCGGUGCAGAGCGGCUCCUGGAGCCGGGCUUCCACCGGCGGGCGCUCGCUGGUGCUUGGCUCCGGUUCCAGCGCCGGUUCCGUCUACGGCGGCAACCUCAGCUCGUCCGCCGGCCUCCUGAUGUCGGCGGCGAUGGCCCAGCCCCAGGACGAGAAGGAGACCAUGCAGCAUCUGAACGAGCGGCUGGCCCGUUACCUGAACAAGGUGAAUUCGCUGGAGACCGGCAACAGGGAGCUGGAGCUGCAGAUCGCAGCCAUACUGGAGGAGAGGAGACCGGUGGAGCGGGACAUUAACCCCCUGCUGGCGCAGGUUCGCGACCUCAACAGACAGAUCCACGACCUCACCCUGGGUAACGCCGCCAUCAUGCUGCAGAUCGACAAUGCCAGGCUGAGUGCGGAGGACUUCAGGAUGAAGCUGGAGACCGAGUCAGUUGUCUGUCAGGCUGUGGAGAACGACAUUGACCGCCUCAGGCGCGUCAAGGAGGAAUACGAGGCCAAUGCCGCCUCCCUGAGGAAUGAGACUGACCUGCUGACUGAAGAACUUCUGUUCCUGAAGAAGAACCAUGGGGAGGAAAUUAAUGGACUGAAAGCACAGAUGAAGACUGAGAAGGUUUCUGUGAAUGUUUUUACGGGGAAGGAACCGGAUAUCUCUGACCUCGUGGCAAGCAUCAGAACGGAGUAUGAGGAGUUAAUAGCAAAAAACAAAGCUGAUUCUGAAGCCUGGUACCAGUCGCAGAUUCAGGUUGUGAGCAUGGAAUCUGAGCAAACUACAAAAGCACUGGACGAUGCAAAAGCUGAAAUCACCAUUAAGCGGCAAACGAUACAAAGUCUGGAGAUGGAGCUGGAGACCCUGAAGGCACAGAUCACAGGACUUGAAAAUAUAUUGGGUGAAGCGGAGUCCGGAUACGGAAGGGAGUUUGAAAAGCUGCAGCUAAUUAUCUCGCAACGUGAAGCCGAAUUGACCAGUCUACGGAACGAAAUGUAUAGAAACAAAGAAAAAUAUGAUGAUCUGCUGAAAAUCAAACUGACUUUGGAAGCAGAGAUUGCUGAGUACAGGCGCUUGCUCAACGGUGAUUUGAGUGAGAAACCAGCCAGCCCUCCAGAAACUCCAGGUACUCCCACUGAGGUCACAAUGAGGAAGAUUGUCAAGGUCAUCACAACAACUCUGGUUGAUGGGAAGGUCGUGGAUGAAUCAAGUAAGGUGCAAGAAUACACCGAAAAUACUCAACUGGAAUGAGUCUUCACCACUGUACCAACGGGGGUGUUUUGAAAUGUUACGUGUCAUCAGGAGUCUAUGUACUGGGAUAUAAUGGUGUUUAUUGUGGUGUCUGAAGCAAUGAAUUGCAAUCAUAAACAUGUAUCAUCAUUUUCUCUUCUACCCACUCUGCAAUGGCUUAUCUUUUAAUAAAUACUGGAGUUCGUAUCUCCAUGAUUCAA